AUGUCUGUAAGGCUAGUGAUAAGUAAUGUUUUUAUCUCUCAGUUCCACUCCACUUCAAAGGCUCAGGCAUCCGGCAAACGGACAGGUGAAACCAAUACGGGCUGGGCUUUAUAUAAAGGACUUAUUCCAAGUCAUAACUCCAAACAGGUUUCAUUUACAGCCAUGGCUGACGAGCUUGAAGCUGCGGUUUUCAAUGAGGAGAAAAAGAAGAGAAAGCGGCGUGGUCCGCGUUUAACUGGGAUCAGUAAACAGCGCAGAAUGGCCAACGCCCGAGAAAGAAAGAGGGUGCAGAAUUUAAAUGAGGAAAUUGAAGUUUUAAAAAGUUUGUUACCACUUUCCUCACAAGAUAAAAAGCCAACGAAGACAGAAGUUAUAUGGCUUGCAGCUCAAUAUAUUGAUGUCCUUACACAAAUGUUGCAGGAUGCAAAAAGCUCAGAUAAUUUCGACGAGGAUUCCUUCCUGGAUUUUGAUACACUACUGGGUAUAGAUAUUGACAGUCUCUUUGAACUGGACGGUAGGUGCAAUGUAUUUGACCCUCAACGUGAUAAAUUACUUUCGUUCACUAUGAAUUAUUAA